UCGAUUCUGAACCUGAAUGGUAGGCAUGUCCUCUGAAGAAAUGGAAGCGAGUCAUCUCAAUCACUUGUUAUUUGUCUAUGGAACUCUUAAACAAGGCGAACCAAACCAAGAUGUAAUAAAAACAGAAAACAAAAUCGAUGGAAAAGAGCAACCUCAAUCUCAAUUCAUAAACGUUACUGGUGAGAUCUAUGAGAUAAAUGAUAAAAUGCUGGAAAAACUUGACAUUUUUGAAGAAUGUCCAGAAUAUUACAUAAGAAGAAAAGAAUGUGUUCGUCUACUAGACACCCAAAAGACAGCUGAGUGUUGGAUUUAUUUUCUCAAAGGACAUCAUCCUAAUUUGAUCAAGCUAGAAAUGUUCAACAACUAUUGCUCUAACGGUGAACAUGGAUUACCCUACUUGGAAAGGUAAGUAACCUUUGUUACUUAUGUAUAUGAUCUAAGUUAUACCUUUGUAUAUGAUCUAUAAAAAAGGGUUUAGACUUGUGGUCGUAUUCAGAAA